UCCUCCCCUCUCCAGGAGACCUCGCCGCCGAUCGAUCAAUCGCCGCCGCCGUCUCCUCGUGUAACCCUAGCUUAGUGGAUUAGUUUAAGUGUUUGCCGGAGAUUAUGGGGUCGGUGGCGGCGGAGGAGGUGGUGGUGUUCCGGUCGAAGCUGCCGGACAUCGAGAUCGACAACAGCAUGACGCUGCAGGAGUACUGCUUCGCGAGGAUGGCGGAGGUCGGGGCGCGGCCGUGCCUGAUCGACGGGCAGACCGGGGAGUCGUACACGUACGCGGAGGUGGAGUCCGCGUCGCGGCGCGCCGCGGCGGGGCUCCGGCGGAUGGGGGUGGGCAAGGGCGACGUGGUGAUGAGCCUCCUCCGCAACUGCCCCGAGUUCGCCUUCUCCUUCCUCGGCGCGGCCAGGCUGGGCGCCGCCACCACGACGGCGAACCCGUUCUACACGCCGCACGAGGUCCACCGCCAGGCGGAGGCCGCGGGCGCCAGGGUGAUCGUCACCGAGGCGUGCGCCGUCGAGAAGGUGCGGGAGUUCGCCGCGGAGAGGGGCGUCCCCGUGGUCACCGUGGACGGCGCGUUCGACGGCUGCGUGGAGUUCCGCGAGGUGCUCGCCGCGGAGGAGCUCGACGCCGACGCCGACGUCCACCCCGACGACGUCGUCGCCCUCCCCUACUCCUCCGGCACCACCGGCCUCCCCAAGGGCGUCAUGCUCACCCACCGCAGCCUCAUCACCAGCGUCGCCCAGCAGGUGGAUGGAGAGAACCCUAACCUGUACUUCAGCAAGGAUGAUGUUAUACUAUGCCUGCUGCCACUGUUCCACAUCUACUCGCUCAACUCCGUGCUGCUGGCUGGCCUGCGUGCCGGGUCGACCAUCGUGAUCAUGCGGAAGUUUGAUCUUGGCGCGCUCGUCGACCUUGUGCGCAAGCACAACAUCACCAUCGCCCCCUUCGUGCCCCCCAUCGUGGUGGAGAUCGCCAAGAGCCCCCGCGUCACCGCGGAGGACCUCGCCUCCAUCCGCAUGGUCAUGUCCGGUGCCGCGCCCAUGGGGAAGGACCUUCAGGAUGCAUUCAUGGCCAAGAUCCCCAAUGCCGUCCUCGGACAGGGUUACGGUAUGACUGAGGCUGGGCCAGUGCUGGCAAUGUGCCUGGCGUUUGCCAAGGAGCCCUUCAAGGUUAAGUCCGGGUCGUGCGGUACAGUGGUGCGCAACGCGGAGCUGAAGAUCGUCGACCCCGACACCGGCACCUCCCUCGGCCGGAACCAGUCCGGCGAGAUCUGCAUCCGCGGAGAACAGAUCAUGAAAGGCUAUCUGAAUGAUCCUGAGGCGACCAAGAACACCAUCGACGAGGACGGGUGGCUGCACACCGGAGACAUCGGCUUCGUCGACGACGACGACGAGAUCUUCAUCGUGGACAGGCUCAAGGAGAUCAUCAAGUACAAGGGGUUCCAGGUGCCACCGGCCGAGCUGGAGGCGCUGCUCAUCACUCACCCGGAGAUCAAGGACGCCGCCGUCGUCUCGAUGAAGGAUGAUCUUGCCGGUGAAGUGCCAGUCGCCUUCAUUGUCCGGACAGAAGGCUCAGAAAUCACCGAGGAUGAGAUCAAGAAAUUCGUUGCAAAAGAGGUGGUGUUCUACAAGAGGAUCAACAAGGUGUUCUUCACCGAUUCCAUCCCCAAGAACCCUUCCGGCAAGAUCCUCAGGAAGGACUUGAGAGCCAGGCUCGCCGCCGGCAUCCCCGACGCCGUCGCCGCCGCCGCCGCCGAUGCGCCCAAAAGCAGCUAAGGCCAACGCCGACGUUUUCUCUAUUUUCAGUCACACAACCGGUGAAAAAAAAAUGCAGAGAUAUGAUGUUGCUGUCCAUGAAAAUGGAGGCAGAAAUGGAGCAGAGGAAGUUUAUAGUUUGGUUUGUUGGUUGGUUGAUGCUGCUGCAGCAGCUUGUGCAAUGUUCAUAAAAUGGCAUUAAUAAUAUUAUUAUUAUUAUUAUACAUAGAUGAUGUAUUGUUUUUGACCAUAAGAACAAGGCUGAUUACAAAAUAAUACAGUGUAUUAAUUACGCCC